UGGACUUGGCUGCACACUCUCGCGAGCGGAUGACCUAAUGGAAUUGACAGACGUCCACGAGCAAAGAAAACAGAGCUGUGCACCGACAGACAUCAACUAUGCAGCAGCCCACAAGAACCAUGGAAACGCAAGGUUUCGAAUCCAGGACGACUCCCCAGGGAACACACGUCGAAGAUCCUAAAAGACAGAGAAAUCGCCGCAGCCCCAUCAACGUUCCCAUGGUCCUAGGGGAGACCAUGCAGAGUGUACCAUCAGCCAGGACAGGAUUACUCUCCUUCCAAACAGUCACAACCCCAGCUGCUACUCCAUUCAGUGACACCGCGCUUGCUCAUGGGCACGUCCCAGAGGGAACCCCAAAUCAGAGCGAUAACGUCAACAACGUGGCAGUGGUGUUCUUGGCGGCUGUGGUGUACCAUGCCUACGUUGGCUGGGCUAUCCGCAAGACCUGGUGGCGGUCCAACGACUGGUGCCACGGUGCACGAUUCCUGGUCGUUGUGACUGUACUGCUAUACGCUGGCCUGGCUGCGGUCGUCUCGUACCGUUACAUGAGCAAGGCCUUUGCGGUGCACACUGACAUGUUGAGUCUCACUAUCCAAGAAAAUCCUGCCAUCACUUCACGUAUCUGGUUCCUGCUGACCGUUCUUGCCUUCCUGCAUUCCAUCGUCCAGGCAAGGCUAAAUCUCCAUGCACUUCUUUCUGUCGUUGGAGCUGUAGCUUUGGUAUUUGCCGCCUUCGCCUUUUCGUACAACAGGAGCUGGGUCCAAUGGAACGCUGUGCUCCGCUGCAUCAGCCUUCACUACGGGCUCAGCAUCAUUCUAUUUAACUGGGAGUACAGCGUGGAGUUAAUCGACUGCGCAGUGACCAAAGUCGUCGAGUUCAUGCAGCUGCCCCGGAACGGAUCUGUAUCCAUCUUUGAGUUCGUUGCGUCGGGCAUCGACAUCUCGCAGCAUGUGGGAGACAUUGCGCGCACAACGAACAACACUAGCGUUCCACCUGUCUUGGGAAUCCAGAUUAUCUGUUAUUAUUUCUUCGCUGGAACGUUGAUACGACUGGUGUAUUGGUACGAAUGGUCGACUCAUAUUGUCUUAAUGCUGGGCCAUUGUUGCCAUAUAGCAACCGGAGCCACGAUAUGCGAGUGCAUCGCCGCAAUGGCGAAUAUGUUCUUCCCGUCGAGCCUGACGUUCAUGGUCCUAGAACCAUUCAUCAACGCCAUGACGGUUGCGGAGCUAUUUACUACAAUGACACUCGGGUUUUCUACAAUGACCGCGUAUCUGAUUGAACACUACGCUAAGCUCAGCGGCGAAUCUACACACGUUGAGAAUUCUAUGGCCUUAAGCGUACUGGCAGUGUUUAUCUAUGCCAGGAUAGUUUAUCCAGAACCAUACAGAAUUAGCGUGACUGCCACACGCUUUCCCAGCGCAAAAAGGUACGAAAACUCUGUCUUCGAAGCUGGGUGUCAGGGUGCCGUACUAGGGUUACGAAUGGCGUCGCUUCUUCUGGCAAUGAUCGUAUCUGGCACUUUCCUUGUGAGGAUGACGAACGACUUCUUCGCAUGGACGUGCGAGAACAUAGGCUUGUACAACAUGUCCCUCGAGUUCGUUGUUGGAAAAAUGUUGAUCCCCGUGGCCUUCCUGCUGGGCGUGGAAUGGAGAGAUUGCGGCACCGUGGGAUUCAUUAUCGCCACGAAGAUCAUCAUCAACGAACGUGCCGCCUUUGGGCUUCUUAGUAAGGCCAUCAGCGAAACACUCGCGCAUCGUUCUGCGGUCUUGACGACGUACGCGAUCUGUUCCUUCGGGAACAUCGUGGAGUCCGCGAACGUCGUCGGUGCACUUGAGAUCGUGCGCCGAAGGAGAUUACAGGAUACUCUGGGCCUCGUGAUGCCCUCGCUGGCAACCAGCUGUGCGGUUUCUCUUUACAAUGCCUGUAUUGCUGGUAUCUUCACAACAACACAAACGACGACGACAACAAAUGGAAAGGAAGAAGAAAUGUCUUUCCACUAAAGGUUCUCGUACAACUCCUUUUCAAUGCAAUAAAUACUUGCUGAAAACUU